AUGUCACUGGUAAGCCAGAAUUCGCGCCGCCGCCGCCGCCGCGGUUCAACGGCCACUGCGCACAACAGCGGCAGCUGGGGUGAAAUUCAGGCACCUAACGCCUCUGGUCUCCCCGCUGUUAUGGCAGGCCCAGACGUCCCCCAGGGUCUCAGCGAUCCUAGGAUCCUCCAGGGCCUCUGCGCCUCUGAGGGCCCAAGUAUGUCUGUGCUGCCCACUCCCGGUGAGGGCCCAAGCACCUGUGAGCCGCCCACAGCCUCUGAGGGCUCAAACGUCUCCAGGCAGCCUACCAUCUCUGGGGGACUGAGCACCUCCGUGCUGCCCUCCCCUGGUGAGGACCCAAGCAUCUCUGGGUCUCCCACCAUCUCUAAGGGGCCAAGCACCUCUGGGCCGCCCACUUCCUCUGAGAAAUCGAGCACCUCGGUGCCUCCCAACACCGAUGAGGGCUCUAGUACUUCCGUGCUGCCCACCACCCCUGUAGGACCGGGCACCUCCUUGCUGCCUUCUUUUGGUGAGGAACUGCGCAACUCUGAGCUGCCUACCGCCUCUGAGGGACCCGGCACCUCCAUGCCGCCCCUCUUUGGUGAGGAACCGAGCACCUCCGUGCUGCUCACCGCCUCUGAGGGAAUGAGCACCUUCGUGCCACCCCCCAAUGAUGAGGGACCGAGCACCUCCGUGCUGCCCACCGCCUCUGAGGGACUGCGCACCUCCGUGCCACCCCCCAUUGAUGAGGGACCGAGCACCUCCGUGUCACCCACCGCCUCUGAGGGACCGGGCACCUCUGUGCUGCCCCCCUUUGGUGAGGGGCCGAGCACAUCUGUGCCGCCCAACCCUGGUGAGGGAUUGAGCACGUUCAUGCUGCCCACCGCCUGUGAGGAACCGAGCAACUCCAUGCCACCCACCCCUGGUGAGAGACCAAGCACAUUGUUGAGCUCUAGUGCGUCUGUGGCCCAGAAGCCCUCCAAGUGCUCCAUUGUUUUGCCAAACCCUAGUGUGGCUAGGGCCCCUGGGGACUUGGACUCUGAGGGCCCUAAGGGUGCAGAAGGUCCUGUGGAAUUCCAGGUCCUGAGAGACUACGAAAGCCCCAAUUCAAUUACCAUUAUGGGCCUCAGUACUUCUCAGGUUGCCAUUACCCUGAAGCCCCAGGACCCCAUGGAACAGAAUGUAGCUGAGUUGUUGCAGUUUCUGCUCGUGAAGGAUCAGAGCAAGUACCCUAUCCGGGAGUCUGAAAUGAGGGAAUAUAUUGUUAAAGAAUAUCGCAGUCAGUUCCCUGAGAUCCUCAGACGAGCAGCAGCUCACUUGGAAUGCAUUUUUAGGUUUGAAUUGCGUGAACUUGACCCGGAAGCACAUACCUACAUUCUGCUCAACAAACUUGGACCUGUGCCCUUUGAAGGGUUAGAAGAGAACCCUAAUGGGCCAAAGAUGGGCCUCCUGAUGAUGAUUCUAGGACAAAUAUUCCUGAAUGGCAACCAAGCCAAAGAGGCCGAGAUUUGGGAAAUGCUCUGGAGGAUGGGGGUGCAGCGGGAGAGGAGGCUUUCGAUUUUUGGGAACCCCAAGAGACUUCUGUCUGUGGAGUUUGUAUGGCAGCGUUACUUGGACUACAGGCCAAUAACUGACUGUAAUCCAGUGGAGUAUGAGUUUUUCUGGGGCCCACGAUCCCACCUAGAAACCACUAAGAUGAAAAUUCUGAAGUUCAUGGCCAAGAUCUAUAACAAAGAUCCUAUGGAUUGGCCAGAGCAAUACAAUGAGGCUUUGGAAGAAGAUGCUGCCAGAGCCUUGGCUGAGGGUUGGCAGGCUCUCCCUCACUUUAGAAGGCCCUUUUUUGAGGAAGCUGCUGCAGAGGUAGCAUUCCCAGAUUCAGAGAUUUCCAACCAUUCCUCAAAAUAUCCCCCACAUUCAUGGCCUGAGUCAAGAUUGGAGAGCAAGGCAAGGAAGUUGGUGCAGUUAUUUCUGCUUAUGGAUUCAACUAAGCUACCUAUACCAAAGAAAGGAAUUCUUUACUACAUUGGCCGAGAAUGCAGCAAAGUGUUCCCUGACCUCCUGAAUCGUGCUGCCCGCACCCUGAACCAUGUCUAUGGGACAGAGCUAGUGGUACUUGAUCCCAGGAACCACUCCUAUACCCUGUACAACCGAAGAGAAAUGGAAGAAACUGAAGAGAUUGUGGACAGUCCAAACAGGCCUGGCAACAACUUCUUGAUGCAGGUCCUAAGCUUCAUCUUUAUAAUGGGCAACCAUGCCAGGGAGUCUGCAGUCUGGGCCUUUCUGCGGGGCUUAGGGGUUCAGUCUGGGAGAAAGCAUGUAAUUACCUGUAGGUAUUUGAGCCAGCGCUAUAUAGACAGUUUACGGGUUCCCGAUAGUGAUCCAGUGCAAUAUGAGUUUGUAUGGGGCCCUAGAGCCCGCUUGGAAACCUCCAAGAUGAAAGCCCUGCGGUAUGUGGCCAGAAUUCACAGAAAGGAACCACAGGACUGGCCACAGCAGUACAGGGAAGCAAUGGAAGAUGAGGCCAAUAGAGCAGAUGUUGGGCACAGGCAAUUCUUUGUUCACAACUUCAGAUAG